AUGUCGCUGGAAGCGCUCCCRGUAGAGCUGCUUGACCUGAUUUGUACUUUCUGUUCACUUCCUUCGAUCAAAUCUCUACGCCUGACGAGCCGCACCUUACGCAAUGUCGCCAAUGAUCACCUGCUCCGCCCGGAGGUCGUAGCCUACUUUCAUCGUCAAAGCUGCGAAAAUGUACGGGCAAUUGCUGGACAUCCACAAAUCGCUCGAGCGGUGCGUGCAUUGUGUUUACAGGCAGACCGCUUAGAGGACUAUCCCACCUAUGAGGAAUGGAACGAACGGCGUGAGCGGCAGGGGGACUUGGAACGCUACCGGCGCGACUUUGUGCUUGAGGGUCUCGAAAAUCUAGUCCCGCUGUCAAGUGAGCAGUGGGCAGAUGAGACGAUACGGGAGGCGAGAAACAAUGAAAUAUCACGUCUAUUGGCAGAGUCGGAAAGGGCAAAUGCCCGUGCUGAUGCGGAAAGGCCAGCAAUACCAGCCGCCGAGCUACGAGAGUGCUAUGAAUAUUAUUGUCGGUUGGUGGAGGACCAGGACAUUCUUGCUGAAGGGGAGCCAUCGACGAUGCGUGAGUGCUACGCYGCGUUCUUCCGAGGCUGUCCCAACCUGGUGACUGUGGAGGUUACCAUGGCUCACUGCCUGCGUCUAACAACGACACGCAAGAAUGCCAUAUUUCAAAAGGGACUCGUCAUACCGCAUGGAGAUCCAUCUAGCGAUGCUCAAGGACUGGACGCCGUGACCGGGCUAAUCCAAGCUGCGUACGACGCUGAUUUCAGCCCGAUGGAGCUACGACUGGCUUCCGUGACCCACUAUUUGACGACGGAAGAAGACUUAGUAGAGGAAGCGGCAGCUUUUCUUCGAAACGUCGAGGUCCUAUCCUGGCAGCUGGCGACCCCUUUCUUGAACGAUGAUCUCGACGUUGAUCCGGACGAAUACGAAGCGAUCAUUGAGGAUCUCGAAGGCGGCAACCUCGCAACUUUCCUCGCCGAUGCGCCCCAUCUCCGCUUCCUCGAAUUGGAAAUGCCCUGCAAUGAGAGCGGUUGGUCCUGUCCUCGCUUACCCACCAUAGUAGGCGCCAACCUCUGGCCAAACCUGACCAGCUUCAUAAUCAGCAAGAUCGAAGCCAACCCGGACGAUCUCAGCGACUUUCUUCUUCGCCACGAUAAACUUCAGCUUCUCCAACUAGCACAGGUGAGAUUGAUGUCAGGAGACUGGAGAUCGUGCUUCUCGAUGUUCGCCGGAAAACUUCUGGAUCUUGGAGUGGUCGAGCUGCGUGGUCGAUUUGAAAACCCGGAUGAUUCACUGUUUUAUUGGUUUGGGCAUUUGGAGAGCCAAAGGGGUAAUAAUUAUGAACGGAAAAUCGCAAAGUAUAUUCUUGAGGGAGGGACAGCUUGUCCAGAGGUACCUGAGCAUAUUGAGGGUACGGAUGAUGAGUGGGAGAGUGAUGAUGAUGCGAACGGCGAUGAGCAGGCAGGAGACGGUGGCGGUGACGGUGAUGAAGUAGCAGUGGUCGCUACAUGUACGUGA